AUGGAAGGCCGAAGGGAAUUGUGGAGGGAUUUGGGCUCAAUUGCUAACUCUAUUCUUGAUCCUUGGGCAGUCCUUGGGGAUUUUAAUGUGGUUCGUUACCAGCAUGAGAAAAUUGGUGGGGAUUCUAUUCGGCAAGAGGCUGUAGAUGAGUUUAACUCUUUUAUUGAUGACUCUGGGCUAGUUGAUCUGAAAUGGAAGGGGGAAUUUUUGACCUGGAAUAAUAGACAAGAUGGGGAUGCUCGGAUUUGUUGCAAGUUGGAUAGUGUUAUGGUGAACUUGGCUUGGAUUGAUGUGCUCAGGUCUUCAGAAGUUGACUUUCUUCCUCCGGGUCUCUCUGACCAUUCCCCUAUGGUGUUGACCAUCUUUGAUGAUGCUAAUUUUGAUCCUAAACCUUUUAGAUUCUUUGAGGCUUGGAUUGGGAGGAAUGGGUUUGAUGAUACUGUUCUCAAGGGUUGGGAACAGCCGGUUAGCAUGACUCUUAAUCCCAUUCUUCGGUUUGCUGCUUGGCUAAGGAAUGUCAAGAAGGAGCUAAGGAAAUGGAAUAAAGAGUGUGUUGGUGAUGUUUUUGCUGCGGUGAAGGCUGCAAGUGCUGAUUUGAAUCAGAUUCAAUGUAACCUUGGUGCACACCCUGAUGACCCAAAUUUGGUUUUCUUGGAGACUCAAGCUAAGGUGAAAUUGUGGGAAGCUUUGGCCGUUGAAGAAAAAUUUUUAAAAGAGAAAUCCAUGGUAAAACACAUUUAG